AUGAGCUCCCCACGGUUGGACUCGAGGGCGCAGAGCGGCUUCUCAAAGAGUAGUCUCUACGACCAGCAUCGGCCUUCGUACCCUGCCAAUGCUGUCGAUAUGCUACUCGAUGCCGUAAGAGUGGCUGGUAUACCCGGCGCCAGCAUCGUCGAUUUGGGUGCCGGCACCGGUAAAUUUACUGAGCUUUUGGCAAAAAGAGACGAGCGAUAUGACAUCCUGGCUGUCGAGCCGCACGAACAGAUGAGAAAAGAGUUGGAGAGAAAGGCUUUAGAUAAUGUAACAGUCAAGGAUGGACUUUCCACGAGUAUACCAGUAGCAGAUGAGACCGUUGACGCGGUGAUCGCUGCCCAGGCGUUCCACUGGAUUGCGAACGGCGAUUCUUUGAAAGAGAUCCAUCGUGUCUUGGUGGUUGACGGUGCCUUGGGCAUGAUCUGGAACGUUGAAGAUUAUAACCAGACGAAGUCCGCCGCCCCGUCCACCGCCUGGGAGGGCAAAUUGAAGGAUCUCAUUUGGUCGCUGGACGACAACCAGCCGCGAUUUCGGCAUGAGAAAUGGCGCGCCGUCUUCGACGAGCAGCUGAGGUCCACGCCGCUGACUAUCACCGCAUUCGCGAACCCGUUGUUUUCGCUGCCACUGGGUGAGCACGAGGAGAAAUGGACGGUGUGGCUGUCUAAGGAGGCGGUGUGGGAUCGGUUCAACACGCUAAGCCAGAUUGCCGUGCUGGAGGGUGAGGAACGAGAGAGAGUCCGACAGAUCUUCGAUGACGCUGUAAAUAGCGACGACGUCGAAACUAACGAAAAGGGCGAGAUCGCACUUCACGGAGUCACGGUUACAGCAUGGACUAGCAAGAUACCAUAG